ACCAAAUGCUUCGAAGCAGCUCACAGGUACGGCUGUGAUCUUCAACAGGAUGCUCUCUGUCCUGUUGUUUGCGGCGGCUUGGGUUGCCUGCCUGGCAAAACCCAAUGAGUACUACUCCUACUCUCCAGCCCUUGGAUCAGGUAGUGGAACUCCCUUCGUGACCUCAGGAGAAGGAAGCAUCACAGGCGUGAAAGUCUGGGAGCACCCUGGAAAUUACAUUACUGGUUUCCAGUUGCGUUACGGCACCAGGUGGGACCGUGCUGUUGGUCGUGUGGUCCACGCCCCACUGAGAUUGGACCUAUUUGAAGGAGAGACAAUUACUCAGGUGUCUGGAAAAUACCACACAUCCAACUACAUCUAUCAGUUGAUUUUUGUGACAAGCAGAGGACGUUCUCUCAUCGCAGGCCAGCCAGUUCUGAAGUCCUUCAACUUUUACCCCGAGCAUGCGGAGGCGGAGCUCCGGAUUUUGAGUGGGCGGUUCAACAGCGCUGGGAUCACAUCACUGGGAGCCCAUUGGGGCUUAGCCCCGGAGGGUUAUGGAAAUAGUACUUCCUAACCAAAUGCUUAAAAGUACAUCCGACUUUUGAGUUCUGAAGUUUUCCUAUUAAGCAAUAGAACACAAUAAGCAUAAUCAGAUCUUUCUGUGGUGUGAUUGGAAUCAAAACCCGGAUGAGUUAUGAGGUGCGUCGUGCGUGUGGUUAGACCUCUUCACUUAUGUUGGUAGUAAUGGUUGAGGCUUCAUUCCUAUGUUGCAAACUAAAUCCUAACUACUAAUAAUUGCAUCUAUACACUAGUCUCUAAAUUGAACUCAAGGCUUAUUAAAGUUACCAAAAGUUUGAUAAAAUAUUUUGUUGUCUUCAAGAAAUCCUGAUGAUCGCAUCAACGAUCGAUCCUUCUCCCAGAACAUAUUGUACACCUCCAAAUUAAAACCAUCCCUGGCCGAACGGCAACCUUUGGCUUCAGGGGUCAAUCCUUGAUACAUGUGAGAUCUGCCUCAACACUUUAUUCUUUUAAAUCAUGGCUCAAUUAAAUAUCCACAGAAGCUUGAGAUGUUAAAACUACUAAGGAAUUGUUGCUGACCUUGGUUUUGUGUUAGUGUGUCUGGUGUUUUGUUUUCUCUGACGUCAUAUUAAAUGUCAUGUGUGGAAAAUCAAUAAAAAGAUAAUGGCAUUUCAAAAAUGUAAGGCUUAAAAGACUCAAAAGCACUGGAAACAAAUAAAUCCGACCUAUGACCUUUUGCUAAUAACAGUGACCUUCCAUGAGGCAUUACACCUGUUGGAGCCAUUUCUGCUGUUUAUGAUUUAUUUGUGAUAUUUAUAUUGUUUGGUAAUUUCUGUUAUUUUGGAAUAUUGUAAGUAUCGCGAUCUAGACUCUGAUGUGAUGUUUGGUGUAGCCUGUGUCACAGGGUGCUUAGUGUUGGGCACCGUUUGGGCGUCUAAGCCCCGCCCUUCUUGGUGAUUCACCUUUGCUUACAGGUAACAGGUGGUGGGUUGUUUUGAAUGAGUUGGCGGGUGUAGAAGGACACAGUUUUUGACCGUGGUCUAUAUCGUGUUUGUUGCAAACCCUAAGUUGUGUACAAUAAAAGCGAAAUACUGAACUCGCGUACUGAACAUCUA